UGACAGGUGACAGCUCUGACAGGCGACAGCCAAACAACAAAUUCAAGAGUUUACUUUCAGUGUUUUGUAAAAUAAUUGUAAAUAUUUCUUUUAUUAUUCUUUUAUUAUGACCUAUAACUAAUAUACAUAACGACGGUUAAAAGUUCUAUAAAGUAAAUAAAGAAUUACUCGUACUAAGUUCCAAAAGAUCUAGCAAAAAUGACAAAUGCAACUAUACAGGAAAUAGAGGGUAUAGAUGACUACUGGGGCCCAGCGUUCAGGUCGGUGUAUGAGGGAGAGGGCGGGCACGAGGCGUUUGUGCAGCAGUUAGACGAGAGAAUACAGCAGCAUGACAAGGAGAUUGAAAAGCUUUGCAAUUUCUAUUAUCAGGGUUUCAUUGACUCCAUCAGAGAGUUACUGCAGGUGAGAUCUCAUGCUGAAGAGUUGCAUGCAGAGAUUUCUAAUGUAGAUGCCAAUGUCAAGGAGUCCACUGAAAGUUUAUGUACAAGAGCUGAGGAGUUAAUAAGAGCGCGACGCGUGGAACUCAACAUAGCGGCAACCAUAGAGAAGAUGGAAUUGUGUUUGCCGCUACUUACUACAUAUUCCAAACUUAAGACCCAAGUUGAGGCUAAAAGAUAUUACCCUGCUCUUAAAACUCUGGAGCAAUUGGAACAUGUGUUACUGCCAAGGGUUGGCCCUUAUAAAUGGUGUGCACAAAUCUCCUCCGACAUACCGAGGCUACGGCAAGCUAUACAGGAUGCUUCAAUGGCAGACCUCAGAGAUUUCUUGGAAAAUAUACGCAAGCUUAGCCCGCAGGUUGGUGCAAUGGCAUUUAAAGAAACCCAAGAAAUGCUCGGAAGAAGUUUGGCCAACAUUGUAAAAAGUAAAAAAGAUGACGUUAUUUCAGUCGCCAGCAGAGAGAACAGCGGUCCGCAAUGCCCCCACGAGCUGGUGGACUUCAGCCCCUUGCACCGCUGCCUCCACAUACACAGCGUGCUCGGAGCUAAGAAUGACUUCGUACAGUAUUACAGAGCCCAGCGAAAACAACAAGCCCGCUUGGUCCUCAUACCAUCGUCAGGCAACCUUCACGACUCCAUCCAGAGCAUGAAGAGCUACCUCAACGCUGUCCUCGGCUUCUUCAUCCUUGAGGAGCAUCUCCUGACGGCGGGAGCUGGUCUGGUGUCCAGAGACUGGUUGCUGGACACAUGGAGCAUGGCGGUGACGAAGGUCGCCUCCACCUUGAGGACUAAUACGUCUCUGAUCACCGACCCAACUCUCAUGCUGAGCAUUAAACAACAGAUUGUGCUGUUUAUAAAUGCACUCAAAUGUUACGGGCUGCCGACGGACCCGCUGCCGCUGCUGCUGCAGGAGAUGGCGGAGCAUUACACGGAGGUGCUGAUGCAGCGCUGGGUCGUGGUGUUCAGGGAUAUAUUGGACAACGCGUCCUUCUUGCCUAUUGAGGUAGAAAACCAGGAGCAAUAUGACGGGGUGAUGGAUCAAUUUCCAUAUGACGGCGAUGAAUUGGAGACACAACCUUUUCCGAGAAAAUUCCCGUUCUCAACGAUAGUGCCAGCGGUGUACGUCCAAGUGAAGGAGUUCAUAUACGCGUGGCUGAAGUACUCGGCCGGGCUCGGCUUGGGCGGCGGGCGGCGCGCGGCGGCGGCCAGGCACUCCGCCUCCCUGCUGCUCAGCCGCUCCUUCACUGGCUGCCUGUCGGCCUUGUUCCGACGGCCCUUGCCGCUCAUGCAGCUGGUGCAGAUUAUAGUGGACACGCAGUACUUGGAGGACGCGACGCUAUAUCUGUACGAAUUUAUAAGCAACAUCACCGGCUCGGAACUCGUUACUACGCAGGCGGCGGGCAGCAUGUUCCAAGCGGCAAGAGACGACGCGGAACAACAAAUCUGUGAAAACCUGGAAAAGAAAGUCGACGAGUUUCUCGACCUUGAAAACUACGAUUGGUUGUUGGUGGAACCCAGCGGGCAAGCCUCUUCAUUCGUCACUGACAUGCUGAGCUAUCUGUCCGGAGUGUUGACGUCGUUGGAACAGUUGCCUACGCGCGCUCGCGUGGCUGCCGUCCGCGCGGCCACCAACCGCAUAGCGAGCCGGCUGCGCAACCUGCUGCUGGACCCGGCGGUGAGGCAGAUAUCGUCGGGCGCGCUGCACCAGCUCGACCUGGACGUGAUCCAGUGCGAGCAGUUCGCGGCCGGCGAGCCCGUGCCAGGCCUCAAGGAGGGCGAGCUGCUGGAACACUUUGCCAGCUUGAGGCAACUCUUGGACCUCAUCACCGGCUGGGACUGGUCCUCCUACCUCCACGACGUGGGCAUCGAAGGCGGCAAGUACGCCCUGGUAACGCCCCGAGACGCGGCGACCUUACUCGAGAAGCUCAAAGAGGCUGAGCAGAAGUCUUCCGUCUUCUCCGUUCUGAAGAAGAACGAAAGAGACAGACGGAAGUUGUUGGACACUGUAUUGAAACAGCUCAAGCAGUUGCAGAAUCAAGAUGGCUGAAUUUAUUAUUAAAAGUAUAAUUAUAUUAGAUGUAUGAACUUAGGCUUAGCCAUGUGACACGUCGAUUCUCUUUCUACAAACGCUGACGCUUCGAAAACUAUCAAAAUGUAUUGGAAUGACAGUUGCGAUCGACAACUUGAUCACGUGACCUGUCGAUAGUGAAUGUCAUUUCCGUAUUCUUUUUUAAUUUUCGAAGCGUUAGCGUUCAUAGAAAGAGAAUCGACGUGCCAUAUAGCUACAGGCUAUGUUCUUUUUAGUAUGUUAUUAUAAAUAUUAUUAUAUUGUAAGUGAAUAUUAUUUAUGAAAUCAAUAUAUUGCAAUUAUUUCACU